GUGGAUGUUGUGGCAACAGUCUGUUGUAAAUAUGGCAUUUAACUCUUUUAAAUAUGAAACUAUAGGUUAUAAAAUUGUUAAAUAAUAAAAAAAUAAUGAUAAAUGCGAUAGUGCUUCGCAUAAAAAAGCAACUACCGACGACACCGGUAGGUCAACUUUAAUGACUUGUGAAUAGAUGACGAUGUGAGGGGAUUGUUGUCCUGUCUUCUUUUUUAAUUUUGUUUAGCUAUGUCUAGUUGCAUUUCAGAUUUAGAAGAUGUUAAACCAAGGAAAAUGGACUUAUCUCGUACCCGUGGCACCCCUUGUGCUUUGUCUGCUGAUUCUUGCUGUGGAGAAAAACCUCCAUACAGAAAUCCCCAUCAUACUCAAAAAGCAUUCGAAGUCAUGAAUAUUUUAAGAAAGCAAAAUCUUCUAUGUGAUGUAAUUUUGGUCGCAGAUGGCAUUGAAAUCGCUGCACAUAAAAUGGUCCUUGCUUCAUGUAGUCCUUACUUUUAUGCAAUGUUCACAAGCUUUACUGAAAGCAAAGCAGAAAAAAUAACAAUUCAAGAUGUAGAUGGACAAGCUUUGCAACUUUUAGUUGAUUAUGUAUAUUCCUCAGAAAUCCAAGUUACCGAAGAAAAUGUUCAGGUUCUUUUACCUGCUGCUCAUCUUCUACAACUAACAGAUGUUAGGGAUGCUUGCUGUGAGUUUUUACAAGGUCAGCUACACCCUUCCAAUUGCCUUGGUAUUCGUGCAUUUGCCGACCUACAUGGGUGCUUAGAAUUGCUCAGCUUUGCAGAUUCUUAUACCGAGCAGCAUUUUGUAGAGGUUGUGGAAAGUGAGGAGUUUUUAGCUUUAUCACCAAAUCAAGUCUGCAAGCUCAUCUCUAGUGACAAACUCGCUGUACCAUCUGAGGAAAAGGUUUUUGAAGCUGUUAUGGCAUGGGUUAAUAAUGAUUUACAAAAUCGGCAAGACUACUUAGCACAGUUGAUAGAGCAUGUUCGAUUACCAUUACUUUCUCAAGAAUAUUUAGUUCAGCGUGUUGAAGAAGAACCUUUGCUUAAAUCAAAUCAUCUCUGCAAGGACUUCUUAAUAGAGGCCAUGAAAUACCAUCUAUUGAAAGGGGAACAGAAGGUCAUGUAUAAAACUCCCAGGACAAAACCUCGCACUCCAAUUGGGCGACCCAAGAUACUUCUUGUUGCUGGUGGUCAAGCUCCUAAAGCUAUUCGAAGUGUUGAAUGUUAUGAUUUCAAAGAAGAAAGAUGGUACCAGUUAGCAGAGUUACCAACCAGGCGUUGUCGGGCUGGUUUAGCUGUUUUAAGUGGUUUAGUAUAUGCUGUUGGAGGAUUCAACGGUUCUUUACGUGUCAGAACUGUUGAUGUCUACGAUCCUGUUCGAGAUCAAUGGAGCCAAGCUCCCAGCAUGGAAGCUCGUCGUAGUACAUUAGGAGUUGCAGUGUUAAAUAGUUGUAUAUAUGCUGUGGGUGGUUUUGAUGGAUCAACUGGACUGAAUAGUGCUGAAUGUUAUGAUGUAAGAACUGAAGAGUGGAAAACGAUUGCUCCUAUGAGCACAAGACGGAGCAGUGUGGGAGUGGGUGUACUUAAUGGUGUACUCUAUGCUGUUGGAGGAUAUGAUGGAGCAUCUCGGCAAUGUUUGGGUACAGUGGAGCAAUAUGAUCCUGACACAGAUGCCUGGUUAGCUGUUGCUGAAAUGUCUGCACGCAGAAGUGGUGCUGGUGUAGGUGUUUUAGAUGGAUUUUUAUAUGCAGUUGGUGGGCAUGAUGGACCUCUUGUGAGAAAGAGUGUUGAAUGCUAUAAUCCUGAGUCCAAUUCAUGGACCUCAGUUGCAGAUAUGAUGAUGUGUCGCAGGAAUGCAGGUGUGAUAGCUGUUGAAGGAUUACUGUAUGUUGUCGGAGGUGAUGACGGGUCUUCAAACUUAUCUUCUGUUGAGGUUUAUUGUCCCAAAUCAGAUUCCUGGAGCAUGUUGCCUUCUUUUAUGACUAUCGGAAGGAGUUAUGCAGGUGUUGCAAUCGUUGAUAAACCCAUGUGAGGAACUUUAUGUUUAGGCUCUUACAUUAAAACUAACUCUUAUCUGUGAAAUUAGUGUACAUAUGUUAAUAUAAAUAUGCUUGUAUAUUUAUUUUUUAUUUUCAUCCUUAUACAUUUGUGUUUUAAAAUUGUAAAAAGUUGUAAAAAAAAUUUUGAGAGUGCCACAUUGUAUCAACGAAACAUUUUAUUUUAAGUUGAUCUUUUGAAAGGCUUAGAUUCAAAAGUGGAAGAGUCCAAUAAAAUUAUUGUUAUCAAAUAAAGUUUGAGGAUGUUGUAUUGUAUCAGCUGCAAUCGUCAUUUGAAGAGAUAAGGUUUAAGAGUGAUCAACUAGAAAGAAAUUUGAGAUAUUUUGAAGGGGAAAAAACUUUUGAUUAUUUUUUAUCAUCAGUGAGUUGAGAAACGGGAAGAGAUAGAAAUUUAUGAUUUUCUGCAUUCUGCUUAGAAAACUAGAUACUGAAUUUCAGAAAAGAAAAUUAGAUGCAAAAAUUUAUGAGAAAAGCAGUGUUAAAUUUAUGAGAAAGAUGAGAAAAGCAGUGUUUUCUGAUACAUGGCUAACGAUUCCAAAUUAACUAUUUGCACACGCGUCUAUUUUGUCCUCAAACUAUGCCAUAUUCUGCAUGUGGUGGUAUUUUGAAACCAUCGUUUCAUAGCUUUUCUUCAAUUUACAACACCAUUUAUUAAUAAACUUUGUAAUUAAUUUUUAAACUUAGUGCAAAAAAUUAACUAGUUUCCAAAGAAAGUGAACCAUUUUUUUUCAAGUCAUUGUUUCCUUGUGUGAUAGCUGAUAUGUAUUUGCAAAUUUUCUGUUAAAAAGUAAAAUUCAAAUAUCUUUGAAUAAAUAUUUUUGUCAUGCAAAAUCUUUUUUCCCCCUGCUUUAUAAAUUUCAAGUCGUACUGUACUACAUAUGGAGUCAGUUUUUUUUUUUUCUACUAGGCAAUCCAUCUAAAAUAUUCAAAUUUUCUUUUUAUAUAUAAAAUCUUACUUUUAUAAGAAUCAUUACUGUGACUUUUAUCCUACAAUUUAUCAAAAAUCUCCUAAGUUUGUACACGUUUUCCAUUUUUUUCAAGUGGUCAUGCUAUAUUUACAUAUGGAGUCACACUAUUUAGUUUUCUUAUCUACUAAGCAAUCCAUCCAAGAUGUUCAAAUUUUCUAUUUAAAAACGUGCAUUUAUUAAAAGUUAUUACUGUAAUUUUUCUCUUACAAUUUAUCAAAAAUUUCUAUGUUUGUGUAUGUUUUCCACAUUUUUAUGAAAAUUGAACCUAACCAUUUUUAAAUCUAAGCCUAAUUUUAUGUUUACAUUAUGUGUUCAAGCAUAAAUCAGAUACAAAACUUGACAUUCAGUUUUUUUUAACAUUUGUAUUAAAGUGUUUACAAAAAUAUCUUUACCUUUGUGGCAGCUGUUAUUAAAGCUGUGAAUAAGAUGUGAAAUUUUUUAAAAAAACAAUUGUGAUAUUAAAAGCGAAAAUAAUAUUUAUCUAUUGAAAGAUUAUCUAAUAAUAUUUAUUUUUGUUGUGUUUUGUUAAAAAAGUUAUAAUUUUGUCAGCAUGUUGAAAUGCUAGUCUUUAUUUAGAAAUUAUAGUUUUAUUAAAAUAAAUUGCACCUUUAUUGCACUUACAUAGUCAUUGCUGUAUAUUAUAAAAUUUAUUAAUUAACACUGAGCAUUUAACUUUCCUGUUUAAGAAAUCUAGCACAGUAUCCUUCAUAAUGUGUGCUUGGAAUUCUUUCUUUUAACAAAUUUCAGUUGGUUUAAUUUAGUUGUGGCAUUUGUUAACAGAAGUUUAGAAAUAAAACAUUGCUUUCUUUUAAAAUUAGUCAAAUCUCAGUCGAUUGCAAACUCAUCAUUAUAAUUUUUUUUAAUACUAAGUGAGUAAAUAAACAAUAACCAUGGAUAUAAAAAAAAAUUGUUUCUUCAUACUAAAAGAUUCUAAACUUGACAUAAAACCACUUUUAAGUCUAACUUUACUAAACGUUGUGAAUAUUAUAAAAGUGAAAAUUUUAAAAACACAAUGAACAAUAAAAUCUCAUAAUAUACAAAAUGCAAUUCAACAAAAAAUUACAAAACAUUUUAAUGACCAACAAUCAUUAGCUAUAGGUUCUAUGAUCUAAGUUAAAAUCUAAGUAAUUCAUUCAACUUUGUAUGUGUUAUUCCCAUAUUGAGUUGGAAAACUUAGUCUUCUCUUUAACCUAAUUCCAAAUUUAUGAAGAUUAUGUACCAAUUACAAACAAUUUUAUUUCAUUUGAGACAGAAUGUGCUUUAAAUGUGUACAUUGUAUCUCUCAAUUUAUUUUCCUUAUUUGAAUUACAAUAACAUGUAUGUAGUAUUAUGUUUCAUAACUCAUUAUUACUUUUCACAGUUAUUUACUGUUAUUCAGUUUUAAAAAAAUGAAUAUUUACUUCCUUUUUAUUCAUUUAUUUAUAUUUACUUUUAAAAUUAUCUUCAUUUUUUAAAAAAGAAAAACGAGGAAACAAUGAAAUAGCAUUUUCUUGAUGUAUAUUUAGAGUAGUUUACAUUUAAACAAAACACUGUAAAAGAAACUAAAAAUUGUUAACCGAAUACAUUCAAACUUUAUUUUUUAAACAUUUUCUCCCUAUGCUGGCAUAUUUCAUGAUCUGAAUUGAAGUCAUUACUAAUGGAUGUCAUAAUGCUUGAUUCUCAAUUGCUUGAAUUAAAAAUAUAAAAUGAAUUUUUGAAUUAUUAUUAAAACCAAAAAUGCUUCAUGCAGUAAAACAUGAUUUUGUUUAUUGUAUAUGCAGUAAAACAUAAUUUUGUUUGUCGUUCAGGGGAUAUUUGAUAAUGAUAUUUUAUAAAAUGAAAGUUUAUAGUACAGGGUGCGUAGUGUUUUUAAGAAGUGCCUUAAGGUGCUUAUUUUUGUUUUUUAAAAGCCCUUAAAGGUGCUUUUUUCCAUGAAUGUUUAUAAAAAGAACAAUUAAGUUCUUUUUAUAAACAACCACAUCCCUUUUCCGAAGUGUGAUAUUUUUCUUUACCAUGUUGAUUUCCACCACAAAUUAUGCAAAACGACAUUGUCCUUUUUCAACGUUUUCGCAAUUAAUUCAACCCCAAUCUAUUUCGGCGUACCACCGAUCUGUAGUGUACCAUUUGUUUUUCACGUUUGAUGAAAUACUUGUGGGUCCGCACUUGCGUAUACUGAGCUGGAUUCAGUGGUAAGGAUUUUUGACUCUCGUGUGUAACCCUGCAGCAUUUUGAAAGAGAUUCUAAAUUUCAAACAUUUUCCGCCCUCUGUAAUAGAAUCAAAAAAUCUCUCAAAUUUUUGCUGAUUACGGGGCCCAACUAAACAUUGUCAAUUUUUUUUUCUAUUAGUGAUAGAAAAUUUCAUUUUUCUUGUUAGUUUUAUCGUUUGUGACGCUCCAUCGUCUUCGCCACUGUAAAUAAAACCAAUUGUCAAACUAGCCAACCAUGUCUAAUUAUGAUACUUUUCAAAGUGCUGAAAAAUAUUUUUUGAGUGCUUGAAAAGUGCUUAUUUUCUGUUGAAAAAUUUGGCUACGCAUCCUGUAGUAAUUUCUAUUUCAGAAAUGCAAAUUAAAUAAAAAAUAAUUGGUAAAUGAAAUAAGUAUAAAAUUUAUGAGGAUAGUUUCAGUAAUCUGAUUACAGCUCCCAAUUUGCCGUUUUUACUCAAAUGUGUUUAGUCCUUCUCCAUGUUGUCCUUUAAAUUUUCCUAAAAGAAAACAAUUUAUGAAAAAAUCAUUUUUUAUCAAGUUACAUUAGUCCUGCCUUUUCUGCUAAAAUCGAAAAUUAGUAAUUUAAGUUUAUUUUGUAAUUAUAAAUUAAAAAAAUAAGUCUUCAACCAUAAACAUUUGGCUUCAAACAUCUCUAUUAUAAAAAAAAAGACAUUACAAAGUUGCUACUCUAGAUUGUUCUGAUAAAACUUCAAAUUUCUGUUUGCUUGUUUCUUUAGAAUUAAUCUGCUUUUAAUAACCAAACUAACAUACAAAUUUUGCUGCUUUGAAAGGAUAAAAGAAAAUCUUUCUGUACUCACAUUGUGUUGGAUAAAGUGCAGAAAUGUUUUUGAGAAUAAAGCACAUCAUUUCCUCUUGUUGAAAUACUUGUUAUUUAUUUGAAUAUUUUCUCUUUAAUAUCUUUCCUUUGUUGUAUAAAUUGUAUCUUUUUUUAUACAUUUUGAAUUUAUAUAUUUAGCAAAUAAAUAAAUUUAUUAAUCUCA